ACCGUCCUCACUGUCUGUUUUCUAUCCGUACUUUGUACCAUCUUAUUGUGUUUCUUCGGUCAGCUCCAGGAAAAAGUGUUUAACUCUCUAUUUUUUUUGAUCCAACGUCACAACAAAGUUUUCUGAAGAUGGAAAAAGGAUACCAACCACAGGAUUCAGCUCCACCAUACCCUGGGCCACCUUUGAACUAUGGGGGUGCCAUGCCCCCUCAGCCUGGGAUGUACCCUCAGCCUGCUCAGCCUGCUGGAUACCAGACAGGUGCCCCUUUGGCUCCAGCCAUGGCUGUACCUUCCACAAUAGUGACUCCCGUGGUAGUAACACCUGCACUGUAUGGUGUCCCAGGACAAACUGCGUGUCCUCACUGCCAGCAGACAGUGAUCACCAAAACAGAACACACAACAGGCCUAUUGACCUGGGUCGCCUGUUUCGGAUUCUCCAUGUUUGGGUGUUGCUGCAUCCCGUUCUGCAUUGAUGCCUGUAAAGAUGUAGAGCAUCACUGUCCUUCCUGCCACAAUGUCAUCUACGUCUACAAGCGAAUAUGAAACUAUCCUGAAUGUGACUGGUGGCAAAUAACUCAUUGCUUAUCUGUAGCCUAGCCGAUUAAUAGCCUCACUUGCUUUACAACAAUACGAUGUUUUGAUACUAAUCAAAGUAACACUAAUUUUGCACUUAUUCCAAUGAGGCAUU